UGAUCAGUGCCUUGAUGAUCAGUGUAGCCCCAUCAGUACCAUCUGUCAGUGUCCAUCAAUGCCACCUGUCUGUGCCCAUCAAUGCCACCUUGCCUACCAGUGCACAUCAAUGCCACAUAUCAGUGCCCAUCUGAGCUGCCUAUCAGUGCCAGUCAGUGCCGCCUAACAGUGCCAGUCAGUGCUGCCUAUCAGUGCCAUAUAUGAGUACUGCCUUUCAGUGCCCAUCAGUGAUGCCUGUCAAUGCCCACCAGUGCCACCUACCAGUGCCUCCUCAUCAGUGCCCAUCAGUGCCGCCUAUCAGAGCAGCCUAUCAGUGCCCAUCAACAGCCUCAUUAGCGCACAUCAGUGAAGGAGAAAAAUUACUCAUUUACAAAAUAUUAUAA